UUCAGGAGUGUUAAUUUUUUUGUGGAUUUGAUCCUGACCAGCCUUAGGUACAUUACCUGAAAACAACAGGGCUGUUCUGAAAGUCUGAGCAUUUUACUGGCAGCAUAGUUCAUUUCUGAAACAUUAAAGGCAGCAGAAAAGUGCUUACAAGCAGCUACCAAAGUGUACAUUAUACAUAGUAACAUCACAGGCACAGUAAUGAAUAACUCAAGUUCCUCUGCCUCAGUUCCUACAGCAAAACAGCAAGGCAGGAAACAAAAACGAGGUAAAAGAUCCGAAUCACAAGAAGGAAGUGAGAAUGAAAGUUCUUCUGCAGAGUUUACAACAGAGAAUCAGUCACAAGAUCAACCCAAAGAAGUCAUUCCAUACCAUGAAACAGAGGUUAUGAAGACAGAAGGGGCGCCUGCAGUUGUGUAUGAAAAUGGUGCCAGCCACCUGCCUCACCACCCAAGAUGGUAUAUACCUGGCAUAAGAAAAGACGAUGAAUUCUUCCAUUUUGUCAUUCUUUGUUUUGCCGUUGGAACCUUAUUAGUUUGUUAUUACAAAUAUAACAACUGGACGGUUUCCUUUGGUAUUGGCUUGAUGACCUUUGCAGCUUUAGAAACAACUGGAAUAUACUUUGGCCUAGUGUACCGCAUUCGAAGUGUCCUGGAAAGUUUUAUCCCCCUUCUUCAGAGAGUCAAAAUGCCUGGUUUCAAGAAGGUUGACUAAAUGGAAGAUUUCACAAGAGCUGAAUAAAUCCUGUUGGUGAACGGGAUUAAUAGUUUGUAGGACUAAUACAGAGUUUUAACAGUAAAAAGCUUAAAUCCAACAUUAUGCAAACGGAAGAAUCUGCUAGCACGACACAACUUUCUCCACCUUUCUUCCCUCCAUGGCCGUCUGUGCUGCUAGAAAAUCUUUCCCAACCCUCUGGAGCAGAUUUUGAGGAUGCAUGGGGGAAGAAUUGCACCCUCCUGAUCCUGCUGAUGGAAGUGCUUCCAUCAGGGAAAUGGCACAGUUGGAUUCAACCUGUAAUUUGGAAUUUUCUCAAUUGAGGCAAAAAGCUACGCUACAGCAGUUCCUUUCUUCUCCUUGAAGACUGUUAUGUUAUAGCAUUUGAAAAGUUUCAGAAAAAUGUUCCUUCCUUCCAUUGAUCAUUAUACCUGUGGUCACCUGAGUCUAUACAGCAAAACCCCAUCACCAAAUUUCUCUACUAACAAAAUCAGCCUUUUUACACCAUGCACCAGGCAUUACAAACAGGGCAUCAAAUGCUAGUGCUCUUAAAUUCAUCUAUGAUACAAUUCUCAAGUUGUUAUUUGUCCAGGAGGAAAUGUUGGUUUAUGUAAUGUGGCCACCAGACGGAGACUGCUUUUAAGUGUUCCAUGAGGCAGCUGUCCUUUCACAAUGAUUAGUGUGUGGUGUGACUCAAAGGGGCCAGCCCAGCCUUGCCUAACCUUCAUUUUGGAUUGC